AUGCCGACGACAAUAGAGAAGUUACAAGGCCAGCGGCUAGGUUUGAAAAAUAUUAUUGACCGUUUCGUCAGUAAAAUAGAAGAAACGAGCGAUGAAGACGAUGACAUUCAGUUUCAAGCGCUUAUCGAGAAAUUAGAAGAAAAAGUGGCAUGUCUGCUAGUCCACAAUGAUAAAAUUCUCUCGCUCACCGACGCCGACGCUGCGCCAGACGAGAUGGUCGAGGCAGAAGAGUAUACCUUCGACGUAGAGGUCAAACUACGAAGAUACAAGCAGCGUCUACAGCGGCCUAACAUUGGCAUCACAGACGCCGCCGAUUUAUUAUCGCAUGCAUCCGGUUCCGGUAGUCAGCAGGCAUCCGCUCCACUACCACCCAACAACCAACGCAGGGUGAACACCAAUUCGUCAAACAACAGCGGCCAGUCAGAGCCCGAGAUAAAAUGCAAGUUAAACGGACGCUGUCAAAACUGCCACCGGAAGCAUCACACUUCUAUCUGUAAGGAGCUACAAAGAAAACCGGAAGUUGAAUUGCCGCAAUCGGAAGCCGCCGUAUUCUUCUCGUCUUCAAAGAGGUCGAACGCAGACGUUGUAUUAAAGACCGCAAUUGCCACUGUAUCGUCGUCUAACACUACAACGGAUGCCGCCAUAUUAUUCGACGAGGGCGCACAGCGAUCCUUUAUCACCAGAAAGCUUGCUGACGAUCUUCAACUAGAGAGUGAUGGAAUAGAGACACUGAGCCUGACGGGAUUCGGAGGAAGUAAUAACAGAAGAUUACAGCAACUAGAACGCACGACAGUGUACAUAGUAUCGAAGAAAAAGAAAAUACCUGUUAGUGUGCUCAUUGUCCCCACUAUUGCGGCUCCCAUCAACUGUGGGUAUCUUAGAUCGACUGCGGAACUUCGGGGAUUGAAGUUGGCUCAUCCCGUUACAGGUGACACGUUAUUUCACAUUUCAUUACUCGUUGGAGCUGACCACUAUUGGGAUAUGGUCGAAGAUCAUGUUGUUCGAGGGAACGGGCCGACCGCCGUUAAGUCUAAGAUUGGUUAUUUACUGUCCGGUCCGAUGCCCUCCACGUAUUAUGUGCCAGCUGAUAAGCACAUCUUGAAUGUACUUGCAUCGCGCGCCCCAGAAGACAGCAUAUUAGAACGUUUCUGGAGUCUUGAGAGCAUGGGUAUCUCACCUUGUGAACCUGACCGGAAGUCUGUCGAGUACCUAAAGCAAUACCAAGAGACAUCUAUUGAGUACGACAACGGAAGGUACCAUGCCAAACUACCAUGGAAGCAAGAUCACCCUGCUCUACCAACAAACCACAGUAUAACUUUGAAGAGAACUGUUGGGACUAUUCAGAGGUUGCGCAACGAACCGGAAGUGCUUCGGGCAUAUGGUGACAUCAUAGCAGAACAGGAAAGACGUGGCUUUAUCGAGCGGGUACCACUUGGUCAAGAGUCAGCUGAACAAGUGCACUACAUCCCUCAUCACCCAGUGGAAAAAGAAUCAUCAACGACACCCAUACGCAUCGUCUACGAUUGUAGCUGCCGUCAGUCACGUGAUUCACCAAGCUUGAACGACUGCCUGGAAUCAAUGCCACCGGAAUUGAACGAGCUUACGUCGAUUCUUGUUCGUUUUCGGUUGAAUCCGUACGCUGUCUCCACAGAUAUAGAAAAGGCUUUUCUACACGUCGGGCUACACGAAAAGGAUCGUGACAUGACGAGGUUUUUCUGGCUUGAAAAUCCGUUAGAUCCAGAUAGUCGACUAGUGACAUACAGAUUCAAAGUAGUGUUGUUUGGUGCAACCUGUUCGCCAUUUAUUUUGAAUGCAACCUUACUGAAACAUCUCAGAAAGAAUAUGAAUGUAAACGCUGCACACGUCAUUGAACGGGACUUGUACGUAGACAACGUAAUUUCCAGCUUUAAGUGCGAAAAGGAUUUACUUGAAUACUUCACAGAGGCAAGACAAUUGAUGUCCACAGCUGGGAUGAAUUUAAGGUCAUGGAUAUCAAACAGCGCAUGUCUGAGAACAGCCGCGGAAAACGAAAACGUUCCGGAUACUUGUGACGUCACCAAGGUGCUCGGGCUGAGAUGGGAUCCCAAGUUAGACACAAUAAACUUCGUAGACAAACAGAUACCAAUUUUAGAAAAAGUUACAAAGAGAACGGUUUUAAAAUUUUCAUCACAAAUAUAUGACCCGCUUGGACUUUUGAGUCCAGUUACAGUCCGAGCGAAAAUUCUCUUACAAGAAAUGUGGAAACAGAAAUAUGACUGGGACACGCCUCUUCCGUCCAGUUUACAUGCAACAUGGUCAGAAAUCGCCACAGAUCUCAACACUGUUGUUCGAGAGACGUCACUGCGCCGACAGCUCAUACAAUCUGUUGAAGGAACUGGAAGUGAUGUGAAACCGGAAAUGCACGUCUUCGUAGAUGCAAGUAACAAGGCGUAUGGCGCAGCGGUAUAUAUCUGCAACAGAAAUGAGUCAAGAUUGGUGAUAGCGAAAAGCAGAGUCACUCCUGUUAAAUCACUAUCGCUUCCACAGUUAGAAUUGAUGGCUGCUUUGAUCGGAGCGAGACUAGCUACCAACAUUCAAUUUUCCCUGCACACGACGCAUAUCACGUUUUGGUCUGACAGCCAGAUAGUCCUUCAUUGGCUCUCCACAACGAAUAAAUUGAAGAAAUUUGUAGCCAACAGAGUGUCCGAAAUAAACACGUUGACCAAUACAAACACUUGGAAAUAUUGUCCAACACACGACAACCCCGCAGACCUGCUGACACGUGGGGUAUCAGCAAACGUCUUCAUGAAGAGCAGCAUUUGGCAAACGGGGCCCGAGUGGAUCACAGACACGAGGAGGUGGCCUAUAUGGGAGACGGAACCGCUACUUGUCAACACUAUUUUAGAUGAACACGCCGGAACAGAGAUGGUGCCGAGUCACGUGAUACAUACAGAUAUAUCUACCGGGUCUCUACUUAACCUUCAGAGCGUUAUCAACAUUUCUGACUACAGUUCCUACCGAAGACUCCUGCGCGUGACAGCUCUUAGAUGCGCACAUCACACAUCUGCAUUCGGGUGUCAACGCAACUGUGACACAUAUACGACAGAAGUAUUGGAUUCCAGCGAUAAGACAGUGUGUGCAGACAGUCGUCCGGAAGUGCGUCACUUGCCGCAGAGUAGUUGGAGGAGCCUUCAGAGUCCCCGAGCCGCCGCCAUUACCGAAGAUGAGAGUUGA